AAAAGCCCCGCGGGCCGCCGCCGUCCUCUACACGACCUCCCUCCGCUCGAUUCGCCGGACCCACGAGGACUGCUGCUACGUCCGCAAGCAUCCUCCGAGGUUCCGAGUCGCCGUCGACGAGCGCGACGUCGCCAUGGACUCCUCCUUCAGGCGAGAGCUCCAGUCUCUGCUGCCAAAGGCGGCGCCUUUCUCGCUCCCGCAGCUGUUCGUUGGCGGGAAGCUCGUCGGAGGAGCGGAGGAGGUCAGGGCCCUGCUCGACUCCGGCGAGCUGGUCAGGGUUCUUGAGAAGGUGAGGAGGGUGGACCCCACUUUCGUCUGUAGGAGCUGCGGUGGGGCCCGGUUCUUGCCGUGUGGGGAUUGCAGUGGGAGCCGAAAGAUCUUCGUUGAGGAUGAAGGGAGGUUGAGGAGGUGCGAGGGGUGCAAUGAGAAUGGAUUGAAACUAGAGAGGUGCAAAAUGGAUGAAGGAAGGAUCUACGCAGAAGUUUGAGGAAAAUGUGCAGGAGAAUUUAAAUGUUCUACAAGGUGACCAUAGAUGGUAGAGCUUUGGGAAAUUUAAGAAAUAUUCGGUUAAAAUCUUCUUGGAGGUUUUUUCUGAGUCCAAAUUCGAAAUGUAUCGUUAAUAUGGUCUGCAUGAUUAUUGGAGUUUACAGUGCAGUGAACCCAUCAAGUUCUUGUACUGAAAUGUUUGGUAGAUAAAAGGCAAGUGAUUAUACGAGAAUCAAUCCUGUGACUUGGUCGCUUUGAAGCUACAACUUAUGAAGGUCUCAGAUGAGUAGGAUCACAAUCAUGGUUGUUGAUGUCCAACAUGUUUUUUCUACCGUCUAUGCAGAAAACCCUGUGAAUAGUUUGUGUAUUUGAACGAGAUUUCACCUAGUAGUUACCGAAGAGGAGUUCCGUAUGCAUUGUGGAGCGUGAUUGCAUUCUCUGAAUGAUUGAGAAUGUCAAUGGGACAUGCAACGAUGAGCAAUGCCUCUUUUUGAGGAGUUUAUACAUGCGCGAGGCUGAUAAUUUCAAAUAUGAAACGUUCCCCGUUUGCUUGUACGGAUCUUGUUCAUCUAUGUUUUGUUGCUUUUGGAUUAAAGCGAAGCCAAGUAGUCCUAAGAGUUCAAAACCUUGGGAUUGAAGUUGCUGGUGUUCGUAGACCUUUCGG